GUACCCUUCACUGACUCACCGGUGAACGAUGUGUUGUGGCUGUGUAUUAUUGAUUCACAAAAUAAACACGCAGUUGUUUGUGAAAACAUUGCCAAAGUGGUAGACUAUGAAAAAAUGAAGCUGCUAUACCCUUUUCUGCUCUCCAUCAUACUCACCCUAUCAACUGCCGAUAGAAGAUGUCGAGGAGUGAACUUCAAUGGCAAAUACUAUGAUAUAGAGAUGAUAAAAGAAGGAAUCAACAAAAUCCACCAAAUGGCUCUGAACCGAAACGAUAAUACUGUCUACUUCACUUACGAUCAACUCACAGACGUUCCUAUGAGAAGCCUAGGGUAUGUCAAGUUGGAUACGCGAGAGGCUGGUCUCAUCGGUGGUAUAAGAAAUGCUUCAGGUGUAGCCAUAGACCAUGUGAGGAAUAAAGUCUACGUCGGCGGAAUGGAUGGUCUAUACGUCCUCAACAAGGAAGGUAUGCCUGAGAAGUAUCCAGUAUAUGACAGCAUAGAGAAGCUGUUCUUUAAAGAUGUACUGUUCUUUGUCAACUCCAAAAAGGAGGCCCACGUUUUCGAUAACGGUAUUUUGAAACCGAUGAUUGAGUUGCAGCAUGAGGAUGUCGAUGAUCUGAUCAUUGAUGAUGAUGACAACGUGUUCUUCUUACAAAAUGGUACACUAUUCCGAGUUCGCCUAGGUACCAGAGCUAUCAAUAUACAUGAAAGGUAUAAAGUUAAUGUGCUCUCUGUAGACCCAUAUUAUAGGGCAUUUAUAGGCACAAGUGAAGGUGUAUUUGUGUAUAAUAAGUAUAAGUUUGCUUUGGACAAAGUGUCAAAUAUAAGAGACUUGAGAUCACUCACGUUCAACAAAAAUCUCGAACCAGUGUACGCAGUUGUAGACGUAUUAAUAAAACUUAAUGUAAAUCCAUUGAAAUGUGUAGAGUUUUAAUCGUUUCUAAUUAAUGUGAUGUAAAGUAGUAAUUUAUUUUUUAUUGUUAGUAAUUCUCUGGCUGUUUAUUAUUGUGUUUAAAACAAGUGGAAGAUAACAAGUAAAUUGUGUUUUAUUGA